CGCCAGCACCAGCAGCAGCCCUCGCACCUUCAGCACACGCACCUGUACCGCCAAGCACAACGCCCCUCGCUCGGUCGCCUGUCACUCUCCCCACAGCUACCCGCCGACAGAGCCAUGUCCUCGAUCGCCCCGGGCAUGCUCACCCGCUCGCGCUCGUCGUCCCUCUCGUCCAUGUCGCGCUCCCCCUCGCGCCAGCAGCGCUCCCCCUCCAUCUCGUCCUCGUCCUCGUCCGCCUCGUCGUCCCACCUGAACCAACUCGCAUCCGACGAUGACGAGCUCGCGCCCACUGCGCCCACAACCUCGACCCGCGACAAGGUCGACCCAUGGACCCGCCGCGCCCUCAAGUACGGCUUUGACCCGCGCCAGCUCCAGCCCGCCAGGUGCGAGUGGGGCAAUGGGUCGUGCGGCAUGGAGUUCUGGGAGGUCGAGCCCCUCGUCGAGCACGUCCACAACCUGCACGCCUUCCCGCAUGACGCGCCCGGCGCCCCGCCCAUCCCCAAGCGCGGCGCCGGCUCGCAAGCCCUGUCGUACGUCUGCGACUGGGCCGGCUGCUCGCGCCGCGGCAAGCACCAAGGGUCCAAGUUUGCCCUCGUCGCCCACCUCCGCUCGCACACGGGCGAAAAGCCCUUUACGUGCCCGAGGGCCGAGUGCGACAAGAGCUUUACGCGCACCGACGCCCUCCAGAAGCACAUGCGCGUCCAGCACGGCGACAAGAUUGUCGCGGCGGGCCGGGCGCCCGGUUCGGCCGCGCCCGACGCCGGCGGGCCUUCGUCGGCGGUGAGGGCCGGCGCGGGCAGGAAGGGCAAAGGGCGGGGCAAGCGCGCGCGGGAGGGCAGCGACGACUCGGCCUUUGGCGGGCCCGACGACGGCGGCAUGGGCGGGUCCGGCCUCGGCGGCGACGACGGCGACUAUGCGCCAGGCGGCGGCGGCGGCGGCGGCGAUGCGGGUGGAGGACUCGCCGACAUCGCCUACUCGCCCGACGAGGUGCGCGCGAUCCAGACGCACGUCGACCUCCCCGCGUCGUUUGUCGCGCACGUCGUCGCCAAGGCCAAGGCGGCCUACGUCCUGCGCGAGCACGAGCAGCUCGCGCACGAGUGCGAGGCGCUCAGCAAGCGCGAGCGCGAGCUCGAGAUGGAGAACGACGUCCUCUUGAGGGCCAUCUUGCGGCGCGAGGUCGGUGCUGCCGAGGACCCAGCCGGCCGAGCCGCCCUCGAGCAGUUCCUCGUCAGCUACACGCACGAGCCGGCGGCGUACGCCGAGCCGGGCGGGCCGGGUGCCGGCGCUGCGGCCACGGCGGCCAAGUAG